UUGGUGUAGUUAAACCGAGUUUAAGCAAGGAGAGUUUGCCUCGGCCGGCAGUUUUCCAAGCACGAACAUGCAGUUUUCCGUCUCUUGACAUCCCAGUCUCUCUCACCGCCUUGAAAAUCGGAAAGACUUUUGCUAAGUGCGAGAGAGAAAGAAAUUUUCGAGUCAUCUUUCAGGACUCUUUUCCUCAACUGAAGACCUUUGCAGAAAUCCUGUACGGUGAGAAGCCGGCGUUUUUCAAGUGAAGCCCCCUAGUGCAAAUCCAGGGUUCCCAGGCACGCUCUGGGGCGCUGUCCUUGCGCACUCCUGCCAGCUUCCUGUCCAGAGGACUCCCGCGUUGAACCGCCAGAUGGCGCUCUUCUCGAAGGCCGCUCAGGUCAGUCAUAAAUGGCCGGGGAGUUGCCUGGCAACCGUAACUGGGUGUUCCAAACAAUUGGGACCCGGAUCCUCCGCGAAUCAAGGUUGUGCUGCGGCUGCGCUGACCUCUCAGCCCUCGUAAGAGCGUUUUGCUCAGCAUUUAACCAUGCCUCCCACCCGAGACCCAUUUCAACACCCUGUGUUGGAUAACGAUGACUCAUACCUGGGAAAACUGCGAGCUUCCAAGAAAUCCCAAUAUAAGAACCCAACUCACCUUGCUCAGCAACAAGAACCCUGGAGUCGGCUCAGUUCAACUCCCACAAUCACCUCGAUGAGGCGGGAUGCCUAUUUUUUUGAUCCCAAGGUACCAAAGGAUGACCUGGAUUUCCGCUUAGCAGCCUUGUACAACCACCACACUGGGGCAUUCAAGAACAAAAAUGAGAUAUUGGUACACCAGGAGACCAUUCAGGAUACCCAUGGGUAAGUGGUACAGAUGCCAGAAGAAUUUUUACCACCUCCCCCACCACUCCCUAUCACAUCCCUGGCUAACAUCAGACACUGGAUCAACCCUAAGAAGGAGUCCAUCCACAGCAUCCAGGGUUCCAUAGUGUCCCCUCACACUGCAGCCACCAAUGGAGGCUACUCCCGAAAGAACGACGGUGGCUUCUUUUCCACCUAGUAUUGACAAGCUUCUGGAUUAAUCACAAUGGAACAUCCUGCCACCCACCUCCAUUAAACAGACUCAUGCAAGAUGAAACCUGAUGUGUCUGUUACCUAUGGACUACGAGUUGCCGUUUGACUAAAUGAGAGAAAUUUCUCAACUUCUAGCAACUAGUCCUGUUGGGUCUAUUUACAACUUGGAAAGCUAUUAUGCCAAGAAGAUAAGAAUCAGGGCAGAACAGUGCUGUCUUUGGUAGGAGACAGGUCUUCAUAAAAACCCAGACCCAGUGCCGUCAAUUCCGACUCAUAGUGACCCUAUAGGACAGAGUAGAACUGCCCCAUAGUUUUCAAGGACCCCUGACAAAUUCAAGCUGCCAACCCAUUGGUUAGCAGCCCUAGCACUUAACCUCUACACCACCAGCGUUUCCCAGGUCUUCAU